GUGUGUGUCACGUGGGGUCGGGCUCUGGCGGGACCAUGAACGCACCUCCCGCUUUCGAGUCUUUUCUGCUGUUUGAAGGGGAGAAAAAAAUAACGAUAACCAAGGACACGAAGGUGCCAAAUGCCUGUUUGUUCACAAUCAACAAGGAGGAUCACACGCUCGGGAACACCAUCAGAUCGCAGUUGCUGAAAGACCCUCAAGUGUUGUUUGCGGGUUACAAAGUGCCGCAUCCUCUGGAGCACAAAGUGGUGAUCCGCGUCCAGACCACUCCCGAUUACAGCCCACAGGAAGCCUUCACGAACGCCAUCACUGAUCUGAUCAGUGAACUCUCACUGUUGGAGGAACGAUUCCGGGUUGCAAUUAAAGACAGACAGGAAGGAAUUGAAUGAGAAGCUACGAUUAAUUAGCUUGAACACUUGCUUGGUAGGAUGAUUGCUUGGUUGUAGAUAGACCUGAUGCAGACUUGUUGUAUUUCAUGUGUAUUCUUUACUUACCACUUCUAGCACUGUGUACUGAGAUGAUUAAAUACAAGCUGUGUUUCUGAAUUAAAAAUCAGACUUUUUUAAGG